AUAAUAAUUGAAGAUUCAUUCCAACAUAAUGAUUUUCUAGGUACAUGAUUCCGUUAAAGGACUUUGAAAUUUUCGACGGAACCUUGAAAAAUCUUGGCCUACGUGUAGAUGAUACAGGCCCCUAUAGGCUGCAACUUUUACAUCUGGUCUUCUUUGGCGUGGUAUCAUUUCUAAUGAGUUUGUGGCACGUUUACUCAAUCGUACUAAUAAAGAACAGCAACGAUUAUAUUGGGAUCGCGGCGAUGGCCGGCGCUUCUGCUUUAAUGAUAAUCUACAGCUUUGUGGUAGUAGACUGCUCUUUCUGCACUGUUUUAUCAAUCGUCAGAGAGCGGUUCAAAUUAAUUAAUAUGACUAUUCGUCGGGCCAAAAAUAGGCCGAUGACUAACGCCGAGGUCACAGAAAUUUCCAGCGAAGUCACAGAAGAUAUCGUUUUACGAGAACUGAAAAUUUCGAGAGAACAGUACCACGAGUUGUGGGACAUUUCAAACCGGGUGAAUCAAGCCUACGGUCUCCAUCUCCUUGUGGCAGCGGCUGCUUCGUUGACUAUAGUGACUGUUAGCCUUUGGCAAGCCUAUCUACGAGUAAAGCCCGGCAUCUAUAACAUCGCGGCUGUUAGUUCGGAAAUAGCCUGGGCCCUACUUUAUAUAAUAAGGUUAUUAUUUCUGGCCCAAGCUUGCGAGUUCACAUUAGCCGAAGCACAGGUUACUGGUAUUGUUCUCCAGGAGUUACUCAUGAAAGAUAAAUGGCGUAGCGCGACGAAAAAUGAGAUCAGAGAUUUCUUGAUGCAGCAUCAACUGGAAGUGCAAGAAUUUACUGCGUGCAAGUUUUUCGAAGUCAACAGUACAAUGGUUCAUGGUAUUCUGGGCACAGCUACCAUCUACCUUGUUAUCCUGAUACAAAUAGGGGAAGACGAUAGUUUCUGAAAAACGAAUAUCGACCUGUGGAUCAAUCGUUAGAAUUUCCGAGAUCGAAACUGU